AUGAAGUUAAUGAAAGGAAAAUUUCUCAGGGCAAGACUAAACAAGUGGCAAAAGAUGGCUAAUAGAGUCAUACCUUCUGCAGCAUGCAAUAGCUGCUGCCAAUGGGCUUUGUGGCUUUCCGUGCAUGAAGAAAGCUCCAUUCCAAGAGAUGUCCCAAAGGGUCACAUGGUAGUAUAUGUUGGUGAAAAUUACAAAAGAUUUGUAAUUAAGAUCACCCUGCUUGAGAACCCACUUUUUAAGGCAUUGCUGGAUCAAGCCAGGGAAGAAUAUGAUUUCACUUCUGGCUCAAAACUCUGCAUCCCCUGCAAUGAGAACAUCUUCCUCAGUGUUGUUCGAUGUGCUACAUCUCCGCAAUGUCUACAACUCUCUUUGUGCUUCUGA